CUGCCAUGGAGGGAGUUUGUGUCCGCCCGUCUGCGUCGCACGCCACGCGAUCGUAAUGUAAAGUGCAACUGUGUCUUACAAGUGCCAAUAGUGAAGUUUCAGGAUUGUUUAGUACUUUUUUAAUCUGGAUUUUGGACUGAAGAUGGCUGCGUUUAUACCUGCCGGUGAUACUACACAGCCUGAAGUUAAAGAUCGUAUAUUGGAACGCGAUGCGGGUUUCGUAUCAGGAGGCGAAGAUGAUGACUCGUGCUCCGGUCCAGCACACUCGGACGAUUCCGGAGUCAGGCUCGUCGAGUCGGACUCACGAGUGAAGCGAGAGUGUACCCCCACUCGCCUCGGGCCCCCCAAGAAACGCAUCCGCCUCAGCUCCCGCGAGGACCUCACUAGCCCCGAAAGCGACACCCCCACCAGCCCGUUCCGGCCCUGGUCCUACACCGAGGAACCCCAACGGGAACCCCUCUCGUUAGUCAAGAAAACCAGCGAGACCAGCCUCUUAAGGCAAAGGCGGAGACCUCUCGAGCCACCCCCACCCCCUUUCCUCCCCCCGCCCGUCCCAGACACGAGGCCAGGCCCACCCCGUGUCCCACCGCACCCAGGCGUCGUCGAGUCGUCUUACCACGAAAAGCCCAAACCUAGAGAGCAGAGAAAUUACAAGAACAUGACGCGAGAAAGAAGGAUAGAAGCGAACGCGAGGGAAAGGACGAGAGUGCACACCAUCAGCGCCGCCUUUGACACCUUGAGGCGAGCUGUCCCUGCGUACAGCCACAACCAGAAGCUGUCCAAACUGUCCGUGCUGCGGAUAGCGUGCGCGUACAUCGCUGCGUUAUCCGCGGCGACGGACCCCGAAGCCGAUCUGACGUCAGCAGUGGAAGCCGUCACCCACACCAUACACACAGAAGGCAAGCUAAGAAAGAAGAAAGACGACCCUUGAAAGCCGUUGUUUAUGGAGGGAUUAUUGCUAGUGAGCGCUCUGCGUUCGUUUACCAGUGAGGAGAAAGGCAAGGUGAAGAUGAUGCAAAGAAAACACCGAAUUUUGAUGUCUUAAAGGUAGUCCAUCCGUCCAGUUCCGAUCGAAUAAGUUAAACUAUUUGUUGUUAAGUGCUAAGAUGGCUACUGACAAGACUGAUAGGUACUAUGAUACAAAAUUAACUUAAUUGCUUUUCGGGAUUCUGCCUGAAGUCGAGUGUCAAGUUAUGAAACUGUCGCGAUGCUAAAUUGGGAAAAAUGUAUGUUUAAAACUUGGUUUCUUAUCGUUCGUUCAAAUAACAUCAGAAUAAGAGUUCCUUGAUUUUCAAUAAUAACUUGCUUAUUUAUUGUAAGUACCUAUAGUUAGGGUUUACUUAAUCAAUUUACCAAUCUAAAACAUAAGUUACUAAAAUAAAAUGCAUAUUCCCAAUAAAAUUGGUAGUAAAUAAUUCGUACCGUCCUAGUAGCCUGCUCUCGCUUGUAGUACAAAGAUGACAAUAAUAAUUGGUGAUUGUUUUUAAUAUUUAUAAAAUUGGAUCAAGUAGAUUAUUAUUAAGGAAUAUGUGCGCUUUAUCUUGCGGACUAGAAUUCUUUCACUAAACUUGACUGAAGUUUGGUACAAAAUGUUCCUGAACACAUUCUUGGAUCUCAGAUCAUUCAUAAGAUUCCUAAAAAGACAAAUUGGCACUAACUCAACGGCUGUAUGUUAAUGUAUUAUUAAUUAAGACCCACGAAGUUAACCAUUCCCAGUCCAGUAUUAAACACGGUGACAAAAAUCUGUUCAAUGUCGAAUCUGUUUUGAAAAAGUGUAUUUUUGGCUUUAAUGAUAGUUAUAUUUAUUGAAUCGAGUCAGUAAUUAUAAGGUAGAACUGUAUUUUAUCUAUAAAGGUUGCAUUUCGUGUAAAUAGUAGCGUAAGUGUGUUGUAAAUAAAAUUGUUUCUAUUUCUGUUAUAAAUUAAGGCAUCUGUACUCUGUGUACGGAAAAAUCUUAUACAAAAGUUUUACAAUUCAUAUUUUGAAUAUUUAGGGAAAACUUGAUUACACAUUAAAUGAAAAGGAGAAAAACCUACAAUGAAGAAAAGCCAGUGCUCUCGUGUGUUUCUAGUUUCAACUAAUAUCAAAUUUGAAUUGUUACCUUCACAUUAUAAACAAAAUUAUAUUUCUUAUGAAUGCGUAGAUGAACAGUUAACCUGUAAUGCCUUAAACAUGCAUUGUGAUAUAGUUAUUGUAAAUAUUAGAAAUAGGAAAUAUUCACCUUGUUAGUAAGUCAGUCCAACUGAUACAG